GUUGAGCUAACAUAAAUGUUAUCUCUUAAUGUUUAUAAAAAAUGGGCAAUGAAGGCAGCAAACUAAAAGGGCUGAUUAUUGAUAAAAACGCUAUCGAAGUGAAUGAUUUUUGGGCACUCUACAAUGCCGAAUCGCCAACAACAUGCAACGAGGAGGGCGGCGGCGGCCAGGAGCUCUCCAUAUUCAAAGGUGAAGUUCUCGUCAAGGGCCAGCUGUGGGCGGCCCAAGGGCCAAUGGAACGUGCCAUAAAGAAUCUGAUGAUCUAUCGCCAUCCGUAUAUACUGAAAUACAUGUCAACAUGGGAUGAGUCCGGCCAGAAACAUUUGGCCACGGAACGCGUGAGACCCCUCAACGAUGUGCUGGCCCAGCAGAGCGACAUACAGGUGUGCCUUGGUUUGCGCACCAUACUCUGCAGUCUGAUAUUCCUGAUUGAGAAGGCGAUGGCCCGACAUCUCAACAUAUGCACACAAUCCAUUUAUGUGACGGACAAGGGCAGCUGGCGCUUGGCCGGCUUUGAGUUUGUGUGGAAGGCAAAGGACUUGAACCAACAGCUUAUUGACUUGGCGCACAGCUUUCGCCAGCCCUUGGCCCGAGACUCGGCCAACAGCGAACUGGGCCUGGAACAGUUCGCCUUUGCCACCCUCUGCGAGCAGGUGCUGGACAAGUGCGGCCCCCACGAGGGCAAAGCCAGCACGCCGUACGUAAAAGAAUUUCGCGAGUAUUGCAGCACACACCUGAAGCACCUCAAUGUUGAGAUGCGUCCCAAGCUAUCGGCCGUGCUCUUGCAUCCCUAUUUCAAUCACGAAUUCGUACUAAUCCAUUCAUUUCUGUUCGAGCUGCCCUUGAAGUCGGUGCAGGAGCGUCAGCAAUUCUUUAGCAAUCUAAUUGAACGUCUGCGUUGCUUCGAUGAGCAAGUGGUUGCCUCCCAGCUGGCCAGCGAUCUGCUGUCGCGCAUGGUACUGCUCGAUCCCACCGCCCAGCACUGCGUCACGCCCUACGUGCUGCGCACCAAGACAGAGAACGGCACCGCCGCCCUCUUCUCGCCGCAAACCUAUUUGCAUUAUCUGCUGCCGCAUAUAUUGAAAAUGUUUCGAUUGCGCGAUGCACAGAUUCGACUCAUUCUGCUGGACUACUUCAUGGAGUAUGUGCGUCUGUUGAGCGACGAGCAGCUGAAGAGCGAAAUAUUGCCGCAUUUGCAGCUGGGCAUGAGCGAUACCAACGAUGUGCUCGUGGCCAAGACAUUGCGCUGCCUGGCCGAUCUGGUGCCCAUACUGGGUGCAGCCACUGUGCUGGGCGGAGAUCGGAGACGUUGCUUCUCCGACGGACGACCCCAUGCGGCCGUCUCCACGGACAGCAGCGCACCCUGGACAGAGCCGCGCUCGAUUACGCCGCUCAUGAACGGCAGCGCUGUGGAUGCCGUGGACUAUAUGGUCUCGGGCAGUCCAUUGCCUGUGGAGACCAAUGUGGCGCCGAUGCCAUUGCGCUUGAGCCCGGAUGGCGGCGAGGACGAGAAGAGCAUCACAAAUCUGAGUGAGAAACCGUUGGAGCUCAGCCAGAGCAGCAGCAGCGGCGGCGGCGAAAGCAAUWCGGAGAAUGCCAACAGCUCCCCGAGCAGCGCGGCGCACGAACAGACAUUGGUCAAUGAUGAGGAUGAGGAUGGCGCGUGGUCCGAUUGGGAGAAUACGGACGAACUGCAGCGGCUGCAUGUCAAGCAGGAGGCCUUGGAUGAGCUGAAUCUAAACAAUUUGGAGACCAAUAGCAGCACAUCGACACAGGCCACCCAACCUUCGCUCACCGACUCAUUCCGCACCGCCUGCUCCAGUCUAUCGACAGCCGCUACAAAGACCUCCGCUCCACCGACCAAUCGCAUGCUCAUCGAUGAUCUCAGCGCGCUGGACAUACAGGUGCAAUUGACAACGCCGGCCAAUACCACGGAGUCGGCUGAGUUUGACUUCUUCAAGGACAUGGAGCCGGUGAUUGAGACAAAGAUCGCCGCCAUCACUGAACCGGAAAUUGUCCAAAUCGAUGCGAGUCGCUUUGCGGCGGCUGCGACAGCCUCGAAUGACCAUGAAACCGAUGCCGAGGCCGAUCAGGGUUGGGGUCAUGAUGAAGAUGAGGAUGAUGUUGUCUGGGGCAACGAUGCGGAGACCUCCAAGGUCUAGUAGUUAUCCUAAGCUGUCCAAAAUCUAUCGAUCUUAAGCCUAUAUCUGCCGUCGUUCUUCUUGUUCCAUUCUAGUUUAAUUUUAAUUGUCAUUGUCAUUGUCAUUGUCAUUGGUAAUCCUUUCACAUUUACAAAUUUA